CAGGUAGAGAGCUUGCAACCCAAAGAAGAUGUCAAGACGGAGUAGCCGUUUGCAAGCCAAGCAGCAGCAGCCACUGUCAUGUCAAGAAGAGUCUCCACAAGAACUACAGGCAUCAGAACAUCUCCAGACUAGAAAAAGGAGAACAGUAGAGCAGGAGAUCAAGAAAAGAGAAGAUGGGAAAAUAGCUAAAAAACAUCAAUAUGAAAUUAAGAGUUGUUGGCCACCCGCAAUAACAGGCGGCAUCUCACCUUGCAUCAUUAUUGAAACGCCUCACAAAGAGUCAGUAACCACUGACUUCUCCAGAUUCAAAAAGUACAGGUUCAGAAACCUCUUCAUAAAUCCAUCACCUUUGCCAGAACUCACCUGGGGAAAUUCCAAAGAUGUCUGGCUCAACAUCCUGAAGAAGGAGAGCAGAUACACUCAUUGCAAGCAUUUCACAUCGCUACAUUCUAGUUUGCAACCUCACAUGAGAUCGAUACUGCUGGACUGGCUCUUAGAGGUGUGUGAGGUGUAUGCACUCCACAGGGAAACCUUCUACCUGGCUCAAGACUUUUUUGAUAGAUUCAUGUUGACACAGAAGAACAUUAACAAGAGCAUGCUUCAACUCAUAGGAAUUACCUCACUGUUCAUUGCCUCCAAACUUGAGGAGAUCUAUGCUCCCAAAAUACAGGAAUUUGCUUACGUCACUGAUGGUGCUUGCAGUGAAGAUGACAUUGUGAGAAUGGAACUUAUUAUGUUAAAGGCUUUAAAAUGGGAACUCUGUCCAGUGACAGUCGUCUCUUGGCUGAACCUCUACCUUCAAGUGGAUGCUCUGAAGGAUGUUCUGAAAGUGCUGCUACCUCAGUAUUCUCAGGAGAAGUUCAUUCAGAUAGCGCAGCUCUUGGACCUGUGCAUCCUGGACGUGAAUUCUUUGGACUUCCAGUACAGAACACUGGCUGCGGCAGCACUCUGCCACUACACCUCCAUUGAAGUAGUGAAGAAAGCUUCAGGUUUGGAGUGGGAGAGCAUUUCAGAGUGCAUGGAAUGGAUGGUUCCCUUUGCAAAUGUGGCCAAAAAGAUCCCAGUGAAGCUGAAGAACUUCAAGAAAGUUGCAGCAGAAGAUCGACAUAAUAUCCAAACACACACCAAUUACUUGGACAUGCUGGAAGAAGUUAAUAAUGGAGUAGCAGCUACUGCCCCUGGUCAGUUAUCACCUGUGACAAUAGGAGGAAUCAUAACCCCUCCCAAAAGUACAGAGAAGAAAUGAAAUAUGGACAACAGUCACAAACACUUUCAGAAACAGGUCUUGGUGCUUCAGAACACGACCCCCCUCAAGGUAACUCAGGCUCUUUACUGCUCUUCAAGACUUGGGAAAGAAAAGCCUCGGAGCAGCAGAGGGAACACCAGUGUCUUCCUACAGACUGGACAAGUUAGACCAAGCAUCUCCCCAGGCUGUCCCAGGAGCCUGGGCUACUUUGGUUCCUUCUCAGACACAACUUAGUUUAACUCUGACCAUUCCUAACUAACUUAUGAAUUUUUAGAACUUUUUUUAAAGGGCUGAGUGGAGGUUUGUCCACUCAGCUGUCAGCCUUGCUUCAACUUGGGCUAGUGCUACACGCGACCUCAAGGGCAGCUUCUACCGAUCACCUCCUCUGGACCUGUUUUCUUCCCUUCCUGGGCCAGGCUGGAGCUCAGUGUGGUUCUGGGCCCUGGGGGGCCAGGCUGCCCUCUGCCUUGCACUGGCUCCUUGGGGGGCUGACAGGGGUCAAGUGGCGCUCCAGGACGUGUGUCUCGCUGACCCUGGGCAGUGGCAGAGGCCUGUCUGCCACUCUCCUGGAACUGGGAAGAGCAGAGCCUAGCUGGAAGGGCUACUGCCCCACAGCACCCAGCCACUUACCUUGCAGCAACAAGGAAGGCACCAAGAACUGCAGAGGAUAUGGCCAGAAGCAAGCUACUGGUGCUCUACAACCACUCCCUGCCUAGGAACAGUAUUUUAAACUGUGGAGCUGUCUUUUGUCAGUGUUUAUAAACAGCAUUAACUACUGCAUUUUCCUUGGAAUAUUCACUACCUCUGACUCACUUCUGUGAUGAAGGGACAGUCCUGGAAAAGAUUCCUGUUGGUGGUCUCCUUCCUUUCAUGAUGGCCCUGGAGGUGGGGCACAGGGAGGAGCAAGUUUGAGAUGACCCAGAGCAGUCCCAGAAGCUGCACGAGAGAAUUGGUGCUCCCUCCUCCACCUUACCGUCAGGUCACCCUAACUUGGCAAACUUGAAGUCAUGUUUUCAAACAAGCCAUGUGGAACUAGCUGAAGUUGCUUCCAGCCUUCUGUACAGUUUGUAAAAAUAAGGGGUUUAUGAUAAGAUUUCAUUUAUUUCUAAAAACAAAGCUACUGG